AUUUGAUUGUUGUUAAUUUGUUCUUUUGUUUUGUGUUAAUUACAAUUAAAUCUUCUAAUCGGAUACGACGAUUAACUUGUUUGUGAUGGAAACAAUUUAGCAAGAGAGUGUUUUCUUUUUUUCUUUUUCUCUUUGUGUUUUGUUUGUUGUUUGUUUUUUUUUCCAUUGAGAUGGGAUGAUAAUUUUGUUUUGUUUUUCUUUUCUUUUCUAUUCUUUUGUUAAUUGUAAUUGGUGAUUGUUUGUAGGGUGAUGAUUGAGGUGAUUCCCCGCCAAUCAGUUAAAUUGUUAUGUAAUUUAUUUCAGGUAUUUAACGGUUAACUGGUUAACGUUUUAAUUUCAUGUGAUCGCCAUUUUGUUUUCUUUACUAAUUUCAAUUCUAAUUUCUUUUUUUUUCUUUUUGUUUAUAUUUUUAGAUUUUUCUUUAUUUUCUCUCGCUCUAGUUGAUUGUUGUUGACUUUUCCAUCGAUAAUUAGAUGUUCAACUUUCAUGUGGAAUCAGCUUUUAUCACAAAACAAUCAUGUGAAUGAUGAUGACUUAUCAUGUAUCAUCCAAUUUGUCAUCACUCCUUUGGGAAUUACGUCUUCAUCUGGUUGAUUAGUUAAUCUUUACUUUAUUUAUAAUCUCUUUUUGAUUAUUUACCAAGUUAAAUGAGGAAAGGUUUUAAUUGUUAGAGUUUCAAAACAUGAUAGAAAUUCAAAUUGUUCCUUGUUCAUCAUUGAUCUAAAAGUUUAUUUUCCUACUAUAGUUGAUCAAUGAUAACAUCAAAUAGAAAAUCAAUUGAACUGAUAAAUUAUAGACAAUCAAUGAUUAAAUUAACAAGAUUGAUUUUAGAUUAACGAUGAACAGGAAAAAAAAGACAAUUAUGAUUAUCAACCGACUGCUAUUAAUAUUGGCAACCAUUCAAUUUCCACAAUUAAUCUGACCCUUAAUUGUUGACGUAUCAAAAUCAAUUCCCAUGUUGACAUUUAAACUUAAAUUGUCAACAAUUGUGACAUUUGAUUUGAAUUUAUUAAUAUCGAGGUGAAAAAUUUAAUGACAUUUUUAUUGAUUACUAAUUCUAAUCUAAAAUGUCCACUUAAAUAUUGAUUUUUACCAUUGUAUCCAAGGAAAAAGACAAUUUAAUCAAAUCUAAACAAUCAAGUUAACAAUUUUUUCUUCCCAGUGAAUUAAGUAAAUCAUCAAACAAUUAAUCAAGCAAAGGAUUUAAAAUGAUAACCAAUCAAACUUAGCGACUCUUUUUUGAUUCGCUUAAUUGUUUGGAUGGACCAAAGGUCAAGCAAUCAACCAACCAACAAUCAAAAUGGAGGCAAUUUUAUGGCCAACAAUCAGCAACCAAUUAACGGAGAUCAAUUGACUUCAUCUUUUUCUGGGAUCAAAUUUUUGGCCGUUUUUACAACAUCACAUUUAACAAUCUCUUUAUUGUUUAUUGGCUUAAUUGUUUUACUAUUUGGUAUUCUUGGAAUGGUCAUUUCUAAAUUACUUUAUAUCACAUCGGAUCCAGAGAUUGGUCAAGCUUUUCAAAUCAUUGGAAUUACUUGUAUUUGUAUUGCAAUUGUUUUAAUUGUCACUGCAAUUGGAAUCAUGAUUCUAGCCAUUCGUUGGGCCCGAAGGAAAAUCUAUUGUUUACCUAAUCCACAUCAACAAUCAAUACAAUUAAAACAUCAUCAUCAUCAUUAUCAUUAUCCAAAUGUACCAACAACACCAUCUAAUCAACAAUCAACCGUUGAUUUAAAUUUUUACAAUACAAUUCCAACUGCUCCUCCUUUAUCAUGAUCAAAAUCAAUUGCCUGAGAUAAUCCAUCAAUAAGAUUAACCUUUCAAACUAUUUAUUUAUUAAUUGUUAUUCAAUUUAACUAAUUGUUGGUUAUUACAUGUAUUUUUUUGUCAAAUUUAAGAGGAAAUGUGAUUCUAAUUGUGAUAUACUUUCAAUUGAUUAAUAAUAAAUUGAUUAAAGUUUAUUUACCAAAGUGAAUUGGUCAAUGUUUACAUUACAUGUUAUUAAUGUUUCUUGAUUGUUCCGUACAUUUUGAUAGUUAAUUUAGUUGAUUGUUCAUGAGAAUCUAAAUCGAGACAAAUCAUAAUCAUCUUGAUAAUGUUGAUCAAUGAUCGAAGAUCAUUUUCCAAGUCCAUUUAUAAUAAAGUGUCUUCGUUGACCGAAACUAAAACUGAUCGAAGUGAACAAAUUUUUCUAUCAUAUUAUUUAGUUGAAUCGAGUUACAUUUAUCGACAUUAUCCCAAAUGGCCUAUUAUCCAUCGAUUAGCUCAGAUCUAUUCGAUUGCUGGUCUAACUGUUGUUACGUUGAUUCUUUUAUCAUCAGGAUCGUUGCUCGUAUAUAAAGUUUACACAGAAAAUUCGUUUCUCAAUGAGAUUAACAAUCGAAUAUUUUUCACUUGUUUAACCGCAAUUGGAGAUAUGUCGAUGUAUUAUGACCUCACUUUCUACAACCCGAUUAGUUUUUGUUCGAAAUUCGAUAAAAUUUGGAGUUCAAUCUACUUUUCAUGGGAAAAUCAGGUUCGUUCUGACAUUCGAAAGAUCAGAAGCGCCCAUCGAAUUUUGUUGAUUUUUUUCGCAAUAUUCCAAUUCUGGAUAAUCGUGGUGAUUAUCAUGUAUGCUCCGAAUGCGAAUAUAUUCUGGGUAAUGGUACUUCAGGUCAUUCGAAGAGGAUUCUCAAUGGUCAGUGUGCUUUAUCUCAUCACACUGAUUGACCAUAUUAAUACUUGUUCGGCUUUUAUCGGUGGUGCUUUUAAUAGUAUAUCUCGACAAAUGGACAGAGUAAGUCACGUUAGGUCAUCUCAUCAACAGAACGAUACCGAUCGAGUAGAUCAAAUGAUUUUCUAUCGAAACAUUUAUGAGAAAAUCGGUCAACUCAUCGAGAUUGUUGACACGCAGCAUUCCGUGUAUUUGGGUGUUUUUUAUUUUCUUGUUGUUCCCAAAAUGGUCACUUUGAUUUACGAUCUUGUCUAUACCAGUUCGGCUUUUCUUAUUUACCAUAUUACUGAAUGUUUCUUCAAUGUUGUUCGGUUAAUUGUAAUAACUCAAAGUAUCUCUUCAAUUCCGAGUUACGCUGAUGGUCCAAAAGAAAUGCUCUUAACAUUAGUAUGUCCACUAAAGAUCCAACACUCAUGCUCGAAUCACAAUUAUUCUUGGGACGUAUUUACAAUCAAGAUUUCGGCGUGAAAAUCUUUGGUGGGACAACAAUCACUCCGGCGAUUCCACCAACAAUGGUCACUUUGGUGAUAACAUAUUUCAUGACGAUAAGUUCAUUCAAUUCAGGUUCCAUUGUCAGUGAUUCAAGUUCAUCAGCCAAUAAAACAAUUAAAUCACAAUAAGAAUUCAAGAAAUUCAUGAAGAUCACAAUUUGAAUCGCAAAUAAAAAUUUCAACAGAACGAAAUUCAGCUCGAAUGUGAUCAAUAAUGAACUUCCAUCCCAAGACAAUAACAAAAACUCAUCUAAUUACAUGAGAAUUUCAUACAAAGGAGAAUAGUCGAAAUUGAUGAUUAACUUAAUUUUUACCUUUAAUUUCUUGAGCUAAAGGUCAGCUAAUCAAAUUAGAACCAUAAGUUAAUAACCUUCACCGAAAAUUGGACCAAUUAAACCAACGAACUUCACCAAUCAUUAGCGGUGAAAAGGAUAAACAGAUCGAUAAACUUAUCAUAUCGAUUUCGAUAAUAUUGAACAAUCGAAGGGUAAUUUCAAUGUCAACCGGGAACAUCUUGUUACCUGUAACUAAUCAAUAAACAAAGAACAGGUAACAAACAUUGAGAAAAAGCAAAACGAAAAAGGUUUCAAAUUAUUAACCCAGAAAAUCAUAUAAACACAAGGAUAAGAUUCCAACUUAAGUUUAUCGAAGAUCAUUGAUUUAGAUAAUCAAACAGUUGUAAUGAUUAACUGACGAAUAACCGGAUUGGUAAAUAACAAUAAUCGUCAAGAAAAUAAUAUUUACCUUUCGU